AUGUCUCCAACCAAUAUCGAUGAAAGUGUCAUUCAAGAAUAUCUGAAUGAAGCUUUCCCCCUGCAUCGAGCAUCACGAGAAGGUCUCUUUGAUGUCUUGGAAGUACUAAUCAGCAAACAUGGAUUGAAUCCCAACAGUCAAACAUUCGAUAUGGUCACAGCACUGCAUGAAGCAAGUGCCUGGGGGCACAUAGAAUGUGUCAAACUUUUGAUAAAACUAGAUGCAUCUAUUAAUGCCCGAAACAUUGACGGAUCAACACCUCUAUGUGAUGCAUCCAGUCAUGGCAGAAAGGACUGUGUUCGUAUAUUACUUGAUGCUGGUGCACUGGUAAACCCCCCUUUGCUUCUUACAUCUCCACUGCAUGAAGCAGUGUUUAAUGACAACUGGGAAUGUGCAGAAAUGCUGAUUGAGGCUGGGGCUGACCUUCAUGCUAAUGACAUUCACUUUGGUACACCACUCCAUGUUGCUUCCCUUAAAGGACAUUAUAAAUGUGCUGAAGUUUUGCUCAGAGCAGGAGCCAAUGUAAAUAUGGCCAAGAUGCAUCAAACUGCCCUUCAUGAAGCUCUGAAGCAAGGUUGGGACACAGACUUUCUGAAACUGCUGCUUGAACAUGGUGCCAAUGUGAACUACAUAAAUAAUCAAGGUCUCACCUCCAAGGAUCUUGCACAGAAGCACUCACAAAACUGGGAUCUUCUUAUUAACUGGGAGAGAACACCACAGUCAUUGAUGUUUUAUGCUCGCAAAUGCAUUCGUCAGUGCAUCAAGAACUAUCAUCUUAUCACUUUCUCUCUGUUACCCCCCCCUCCAACUUUAUUAUUCUGUCUCUUUUUUAUGCACCCAGCUUAA